GCAACUACAAAAAUCAGGAAGUCCCUUAACUUACCUGCAUGCUAUGUUACAGUGUAUUAAGAAAGUGGUUCAUUUGAAAUUUCCCCAGUGAGGUAUCAAUCUGAUACCUGUUUAAAAUAAUGCAGCAAACUUAAAAUUAUAUUAAUGUGAAUUUGUUAUUUUAGUGCAGUAAUUGCAUACAUACAGUGCUGUGAUUAAGUGUUGCUCCCUACAGAUUUGAUAUAAGAAAAGAUAACCGAAGGAAACAAAAAAUUCUGUUUUUAAGUGAUGAUUUAACUUACUGAAGGUGCUAUUCACACACCCCUUGUCUUAUUUGAAAAAGUAAUAGCUACCAAUCUACCAAAUGACCAAAAUUAUUGGGCAGUUGGAUUCAAUUUCACCAGCCACAUCCACAUAUGGUUGUUAGGCUUACUGAAUCUUCUUUUUUCCUUUCAGCUUUUCCCUUCAUGGCUCACCACAGUGAAUUGUCUGCUUCCAUCCAAAACCCUGUCCUCUGGAUCCUCUUCUCUCACACCAACUAACGUCAUGUCCUCUUUCACUGCACCCAUAAACCUCCUCUUUGGUCUUCCUCUAGUUCAAAACUCAGCAUCCUUCUACUGAUAUAUUCACUAACCCUCCUCUGAGCAUGUCGAAACCAUCUCAGUCUGGCCUCUGGCUUUAUCUCUAAAAUAUCUAACAUGCGCUGUCCCUCUGAUGUAGUCAUUUCUGAUCUUUUCUGUCUUGGUCACUCCCAAAGACAGCCUAAACAUUUUAGUCUCUGCUACCUCCAGCUCUGCCUUCUGUCUUUUCCUCAAUGCCACUGUCUCUAAACCAGACAUCACUGGUCUCACUACCGUUUUCUACACCUUUCCUUUCAUUCUUGCUGACACUCUUUCAUCACACAUCAUACCUGACACUUUUCUCCACCCAUUCAGACCUGCUUGGACACACUUCUUCACCUCUUUUCCAUACUCUCUAUUCAGUCCCUCCAGGAUUUCGCGGGCGUUUUUCGUGAUUGUUGCGGUUGAAAAUGCCUAAAUUUGCAGAACUUUUCUAAAAAAUUGUGAUAAAAGUUGAGAUGUUUUAAGCUUAUUUAUUGUGAUGAAAUUGCGGGAGACACUGACAAUUGCUAAAAAGCUGCAUUUUUUUCCAGCUUAUAGAACAUGUUUCAACACUGUAAUUGACAAUAUUUAUUCUGAAAUUAAUUAUUUAAAGUUCCAACCCAUUUCCACAAAAGCUGGCACACCAUGGUGUGACAUUAGCAGCAGCCAGAUACUGGUUAAAUAUGACGUGACCUAAAUAUGUAGCGGGCGACGGGAAUUGAUGGGACUCAGAAACACCCCCACAAUUUAAUCAGUUCUUCCUUGUAUCAUUUCCGAUACAUCCACAGUGGUAGAUUUGUUGUAGAAUCACAAUCAUGUGAUCGUCAUCAAACCGCUGAGGUAGCGUUCACUUGUUGCCAUGGUUACCGUGCCGCUAUCAGAUAUAGUGUCACUAUGAAUCCUUAACAAAUCCGUGAAUCCAAACUUUAAGCCAUAUCACUGCCGAAGUCUAAUCGUUUGGUCCUUGUGUCAUUCUGACCGACCCUGAAAAUUUCAUUCAAAUCCCUGAGUCCAUUUUUGAGUGAUGUUGGUAACAGAGGAAGGAUUCACACAUGCUGAUAGUCACAUAACUCUGCCGUGUUCUUUGGUGGAGUAAUUUAUCUAAAUUACCUCAUUAUUUCAGUGCUCUAACGGAUCUGGAUGCAACAGUUUCCAUCAUGGUGAUUUGUCUGGUCUGUUGUCCGCUCAAUUUCAGCCGUUCUAAUAUGUUUCGUGUGUAAAAAAAAAUGUGUGUAUCAAUCGAUGACUUUUUUCCUUUUUUUUGGUAUUCCACCACAAUAUUGCAUGGUUGUAAAACAGUUUAGCUCUGCUUUGGUGAAGAACAUCAGUGAAUUAAUUGUUUAUCACGGUCUUCAGCAGUAUUUUUUUGUUGGUAAAUGAGAGACACUAGUGUCGCACAUGUCUGCAUCUUUAAACCAUAAACAAGGAAGUGAAUUCGGUGACUUACAUGCAUUACGUUUGCACUGGGAGCUGCUAUGAUUGGCGGAACUCACAAUUGCAGGAAAGUUGCGGUGAUUGGACAAAAUUGCAAGACUGCGCAAAAUUCGCGGAGAUUGGUUGAUUUUGCAUGAAUUCGCGCGAUCGCAACAUCGCGAAUUCCUGGAGGGACUGUCUAUUGCUCUGGACUGUUGACCCUAAGUACCUAAAAUCCUCCACCUUCUUUAUCACUACACCCUGUAACAUAACCCUUCCACUUGGGUCCCUCUCAUUCAAACGUGUAUUCUGUCUUGCUGCAGGUAACCUUCAUUCCUCUCCUUUCCAGGGCAUACCUCCACUUCUCUAGAUUUUCCUCGACCUGCUCUCUGCUCUCACUACAAAUCACAAUGCCAUCUGCAAACACCAUAGCCCACAGAGCUUCCUGCCAAACUUCAUCUGUCAGCCUGUCCAUCACCAUAGCAAACAAGAAGGUCCUCACAGUUGAACCUUGAUGCAGUCCCGUCCCACCUGCACCUUGAACUCUUCUGUCACACCUACAGCACACCUCACCACUGUCUUACAGCCCUCAUAUAUGUCCUGUACCACUCUAACAUGCUUCUCUGCCACACCAGACUUCCUUGUGCAAUACGACAGUUCUUCUCUUGGCACCCUGUCAUAUGCUUUCUCUAGAUCUGCAAAGACACGAUGCAGCUCCCUCUGACUUUCUCUGUACUUCUCUAUCAACAUCUUCAAAGCAAGUACUGCAUCUGUAGUACUCUUUCUUGGCAUGAAACCAUACAGAUGCUCACAAAUCCUCAAUUCUGUCUUUAAUCUAUCUUCCACUACUCUUUCCCAUAACUUCAUUGUAUGGCUCAUCAACUUUAUUCCUCUAGAGUUGCCACAACUCUACACAUCUCCCUUGUUCUUCAAAAUCAGAACCAGUACACUUCUCCUCCAUUCCUCAGAUGAGGAGGACCUCUACAUUCAGCAAGCUGUUGUGUUCAUAGAGGAUGCCAUACAGUACCGUUCCAUCUACCACCGAGUAGAUGCCCGCUCACUCCGCCUAUAUCGAUGGUACUACUCCAGGAUAUGCCAAUGGGGCCUGGGCCUGACCAUUGCAGUGGUCUUGUUGCUGGCAUUUGUGGAGCGUCCAUCCUCCCUAUCUGUUUCCUCAGACCCCCGGAUUCGCUCUCCAUCUAUUGAGCCUCCUUGCGGCUUUACAGAGAGCAUUGAGAUGGUCUGCCUCAUUAUCUUCUGCCUUGAUCUUGCUGUCAAGAGCUAUUUGAUUGGCUGGGAGGAAUUAAGGAAGAACAAAUGGCUGAUUGGUUACACUGUAGUCAUUUCAGUCUCUAUCAUCGACUGGGUGUUGUCUGUCAGCAUGGACUGUGAUGAGAGACUUAGAGUGCGGAGGCUCCUCCGACCAUUUUUCCUUCUACAGAACUCUUCUCUGAUGAAAAAGACACUAAAGUGCAUCAAGAGGACUCUACCAGAGAUUGCCAGUGUAAUCCUGCUGCUGGCACUUCACCUCUGCCUCUUUACCAUGAUUGGCAUGCUGCUGUUUGCUAAGACUGAGGAUCCAAAGAAAAAUGGAGAGUGGGAGUUACAUUUUCGAACCAUGCCUGAUUCUCUCAUGUCUCUGCUGGUGCUGCUCACCACUGCCAACAACCCAGACGUGAUGAUUCCUGCCUACUCCCUAAACAGAGGCUACUCCAUUUUCUUUAUCACCUUCAGUGUCAUCGGAACCUACUGCCUGAUGAACUUACUGACAGCCAUCAUCUACAACCAGUUCAGGGGAUAUUUACUGAUGUCGGUUCAAACAUCCAUCAACAGGAGACGACUGGGCAUCCGAGCAGCUUUCCAAGUCCUCAGUUGUCAGGGAGCCCAACAGGCUGCUGAGGAGCGUGUGCAUGUUGAUGCUGUGCUGAAAGUGAUGUCCAGAGUCAAGAUGAAAAGCUACUAUCGAGCGGCCAUCACUACGGUAGCACGGCAGUACACAGAAGUCAGCUACAUGGAUCGAGAGCAGUUCAGGGAAAUUUUUGACGAACUGGAUAAAGAUUGCAUCAAGGAGCACCCUCCUUUGCCUCAGUACAGGUCUCAUGCCCUGCAGAGACUCCAGGUGAUCUUCAGUCACUACUAUCUCACUGUACUUGGCAACGCAGUGGCCCUGGCCAAUGUUGUGUGCAUUUGUACUGUCUUGGUGUUGAAUUCCGAAAAGUCCACAGCAGAAAGAGACAACUACGUCUUGGAGAUCAUCAACCUGUGCUUCAUCCUCUACUACUUGUUUGAAAUGUGCGUGAAGAUCUUUGCCUUCGGCUGGCUAGGAUACCUGUCUUACAGAAACAACAUCUUUGAUGGCUUCCUCACCAUCCUGUUACUGGCUCUACAGAUCACUAUAUUCAUCACCUACAGGCUUCCUAAUUCACAGUGGGACCCCUCCUCUCAUAGUGUGAUAUCUCUGUGGGAGAUGAUUCGUUUGGUCAACAUGCUGAUUGUGUUCCGUUUCCUGCGCAUCAUCCCAGAUAUCAAGCUCAUGGCUUUGGUUGCAAGUACACUGUUGGAUCUGGUGAAAAACCUUAGAGCAUUUGCAGGGAUACUCGUGGUGGUGUACUAUGUGUUUGCUGUGUUUGGGAUCUGGCUUUUCGAAGGUGCCAUUAAACCUCCUGCAGGGAUGAGUGUGCUCUCCAAUACCUCCAUGGAAAACAUCACCACUAACUUUAGCAUGGAAUGUGGCACCUAUGAACAGCUGGGCUACUGGCCAAAUAACUUUGACGACUUCGCUGCAGCCAUUAUUUUGCUCUAUGAUGUCAUGAUAGUCAACAACUGGCAGGCCUUCGUGGAUGCAUACAGCAGAUACACCACAGAGUGGUCCAAGAUCUACUUUGUGUGUUGGUGGCUCACCUCCUCUGUCAUGUGGGUCAACCUGUUUGUGGCGCUCAUCUUGGAGAACUUCAUCUACAAGUGGGACCGCAGUCACAGCUGUUCUGUUACAGAUGUGGAAAGGAUCAGAUAUGAAACCUCAGUUCAGCUCAUGUUCAGGGAGCAGGUUCAAGAGCCAACAGAAGAGGAAUUAGUUUGUCAGCUACACCAGCACCCCCACUUACACCUACAGUGGUGACACAGAGCACCAGCACCUACCUGCCACACAGAGUUAAGGCACUGUUACUAAAGUGGAGCACAGAAACAUGGAGGGAUCAGUGUUCUAGCGUUCUACUGCUAUGUUAUUUUAGGCGUGUUUUAUCGAAAUUCCUUUAACUGAAAAAAAAGUAGGACAUUUUGUUUUAUUAUUUGUAAAGUUUAGUAAGAAUUUGUAAUAACUGCUGCUGUAAGAGGACAGUAAUUGGCAUGAUAGUCUUCAGAUUUUUUUUUUUUUUUUACAAAGAUUUAGAUUGCUUUUCAGUGGAUGUACUUUCUCCACCACAAACUAAUUGUGAACUUCAGGACCAUCGCCAGCUUUUUAGAAAAACAUGCUGACUUGAGCAUCAUUUUUAGCUGAGUGUGUAAAUAUUGGUAUCACGGAACAGGACAGUGCUGUGGCCGGGCUCCAUUCACAGUAUUAUUAACCUUAACCCUGACCAGCCUGUUGCUCUGCACAGGAUCCUUGGGGCAGCGGGCAGUCUGUGAGAACUACCUAAUUAACAAACAAUUUCCAUGGUUUCGGCCACUUUUUAGAAUCUGUCCUGAUCUCUUCUGACAACCUGGCAGCCACCCCCAGGUUCACAAAAAUCAGCUCAAAUCAGCACAUAUGUGGUAUAUGUGAGGUUUUGUAGCAGCACACUUCCAUGAGGCAGGAAUGUCACCAACAAAACAUAGCUUGAGGAAAUAAUGGUUAAGUUUGUCACCAAGUUUUACAAGGAAGCAAGGAAUGCCAUUUUAUUGGUAUCCUACACUAAAUUCCUCUUAAUUCUGCACCUACCCACCAGCAGUAACAAAUAUUGAAUACAAAGUACUAUCCAGACUAAACCAGUGAACACCAUUAUUUUAAGUGUAUCAAACUACUGCUUGUCUCUCUCCUUGAAGCUAUAACUUGUUCUACUAUACAUUAUGAUAAGCAGCCCCCAGCACAAGACUCCUUCAUAGGAUUCAAACCACAGUAGAAGCAGUCACUGGAAACACCCUUUUGUCUGAAAGUGAAGGAUUUCCAAAGUGUUUUUGCAGUGAAUGGCUGUUUGACUGAUGAUAGAAUGAUCAUGUCUGCUUCAUUAAAUCCACCUGCCAAUGUCACAGAUGCCAAAGAUAAAUGUGGAUGUUAUGUAACAGUUCCAGGAAAUGUCAAUAAUAUUAAGUUUACGCAAUGAUAAGAUUUGCAGUCAGGUCCAUAAAUAUUUGGACAUUGAUACAAUUUUCAGCUCUGUAUACCGCUACAAUGGGUUUGAAAGGAAAAAAUCAAGAUGUGCUUUAAGUGCAGACAUUUAAUUUUAAUUUGAAGAUAUUUACAUCCAAAUCAGAUACAGGAAUUACUUUUUAGCGGAACAAAAAUAAUUGGACAAACUAUCAUAAUCAUGAAUCAUAUUGUCACUUUAAAUAUUUGGUUGCAAAUCCUUUACAGUCGAUGACGGUCUAAAAUCUGGAACCCAUAGACAUCACCAGGUGCUGGUUUGGUCCCUGGUGAUGCUUUGCCACUCCUCUACUGCUGCUGUCUUCAGUUCCUGUUUUUGAGGCAUUUUCCUUUCAAUUUUGUCUUCAGCAAGUGAAAUCCAUGCUCAAUUGGAUUCAGGUCAGGUGAUUGACAUGGCCACUCUAAAACAUUCCACUUCGUUGCCUUAAAAUACUCUUUGCUUCACAGUACACUUUGGGUCAUUGUCCAUCUGCACCGUGAACCACCGACCAAUGAGUUCUGAAGCAAUUGGCUGAAUAUGAGCAGGUAAUAUUGCCUGAAACACUUCAGAAUUCAUCCUGCUCUGUUUGUUAGCAGUCAAAUCAUCAAUAAAUACAAGAGAACCUCUUCCAUUGGCAGCCAUGCAUGCCCACGCUAUUUCAAUAUUACCACCAUGCUUCACUGAUGAAAUGAUUUGCUUUGGAUGUUGAGCAUUUCCUUCCCUUCUCUGGACUCUUCAUAUUAUUUUCGUAUAUGUUGAUCUUUGUCUCAUCUGUCCAUAGGAUGUUGUUCCAGAACUUCACAGGGUCUUACUGUUUCUUGCCAAACUCUUAAUCUGGCCUUCCUGUUUUUAUGGCUCACCAAUGGUUUACACCUUGUGGUGAACCCUCUGUAUUCACUCUGGUGAAAUCUUUUCUUAAUUGAUGACUUUGACACAGAUAGACCUAGCUCUUGGAGAGUGUUCUUGAUCUGGCCAGCUGUUGUGAAGAGGUUUUUCUUGACCAUGGAAAGGAUUCUUCUGUCAUCCACCACACUUGUUUCUCACGGUCUUCCAGGUCUUCUGGCGUUGCUGAGCUCAUCAAUGCAUUCUUUCUUUUUAAGAAUGUACCAAACAGUUGAUUUGGCCACACCUAAUGUUUAUCUCUCUGAUGGGUGGAUUUAGAUUUUUCACCCUAAUGAUGGCUUUCUUCACUGACAUUGACAGCUCUUUGAACUUCAUAUUGGGUGUUGACCUCACCAGAUUCAAAACACAAAUGCCACACCUGAAAUGAACUCUAGACCUUUUAUCUUGUCCUUGUAAAUGAAAUAAUGAGGGAAUAACACACACCUGGCCAUAGGACAUCUGAACAGCCAAUUGUCCAGUCAUAUUUGGUCCCGUAAAAAAGAUGGUGGGCACUUUCACCUGAUUAGGAUGUAAAUACCUUCAAAUUAAAGCUGAAAUUCUGCAGUUAAAGCACAUCUUGACUGUUUCAUUUCAAAUCCAUUGGCUGUGCACACCACCAAAUGCUGAAAAUUGUGUCAAUGUCCAAAUAUUUAUAGACCUGACUACAUUUUCCUGGAUCAACACCAAAGAUCAGUCCCUGGUUUGUCAUUGGCCUAUGAUCUGAUUAUAGAUUGUUGACACAACCUGCUUAUUGUCCGUGACUCUGAUAGACACAUGAAACCAAGAACAAAAGUUCCUUGGUCGAUGUAAAUAUGGCGUUCGAUUAAAAUAUUAACUUUAUGUCUGAGAACUGUUACUGUUGAAUGUGUGACUACUUCAUAUUCACACCUGAAAUACCAAUAUGUAAAGCUUCAAGGUCAUGAAUGAGGUGAUGGGAAUCCACGAGUGGGUCUUUAGAUGAAUAUAUUCUGAGAGUAAUAGUGCUGCUGGUGAAGCUUGAGGCUGCAUGCUGGAUUACCAUCCAUUCAUUAUAUGAACUCAUGGUAAGUCUUUGUACAGUGAUAUCUGCUUUGAAAACUACGCAUUCAGACAUAUCAAAAGGUGAAAAGGGAAAAGCUCACUCCAUGUGACUGAGUCCUUCUGUUACUUGAAUGAGCAGACACAGUGUGCCUUGACAUUUAUAAAAACAUAGUUUGAUGCGUUUUAUUUGUGAAAAAGAUUUGUUAGAAAUACGGCUGUUUGUUUAAAUAAGUAUUUAGAACUGAUUUUAAAUAAAUAUUCUGCAUGAAUGUAAAGAUUUAUUUUUGUGAUUUUAUGGAUUUCUAUCUCCAGUUAAGAGUAUCACCAUCAUUUUUGCUUUAAAAUAGGCAACUAGCUGUGCAUGCAAUCCCCAGUGUUGCUUCGUUACCAAUUACUUGGUCUGGGGAAUUCUCACUUCAUAGUUAGUGCUGCUAAUCAAUAAUCUGCAUUUCUGCUGUCUUAAAUCUUUGUAGUAGCUGUUGUUGUUGAUGUCUGAAAAAUGACUUGUUGACAGAAUUUCUUCAGAAAUUUUGGCAACACUGUUCUCCGUGCUGAGUAAAAUUAAGUCAGUCAUCAGAAACAAAGGUGACCAUAUGAAUUGUUAAAAAAAAUAAAGAUUUCAAUUUCAGUAACAAAA